AGAGAGAGAAUUGAAUGUUGAAGGGAUCAUUAUUGAGGUAGAGAGAAGGCAGGAGAGUAAAUUAAUAAGAUCAUAAAUGAGGUCUGCAAGAGUUCAACUAACCACAUACUCCUUCACCUGCUUCUAUUUACUCUUCACACUAUAGCUUCUCUCUCCUUCUAUAUAUUUACCACUUUCUUCAACCUCUUCUCUUCAAAUUACUAUCAUCAUAUACCCUAAAUACUACUAGCUUGUCUCUUUCCUAGCUCAUACAAAGAUAUGGAGAACAAGAGCAAGAUGAUGAUCCUUUCUCUUUUGUUGUGGAGUUUGUUCAUCACUACUGUCAUCUCCUCCACCCCUACCUUUGAUGACCAGAAGAACUAUUACUCUCAUGACCCCCCAUCCACUGGUCAUAUUCCUACUCCUUCAACUCCAUCAACUCCAUCAACUCCUUCAACUCCAUCAACUCCUCACUAUUCGACACCACCACAUCACAGCCACCAUGGGACACCGUCACACGGCAGCAGCGGCGGAAGCUACGGUACCCCACCAACGACACCAUCCAACUGCCCAACCCCAUCAACAAAAUCUCCUCCUUCUUCGGGCCACGGCGGCGGAUACUAUCCUUCCCCUCCUUCUACCCCAACAGAUCCAAACACUCCAACUCCAACCGUUCCUUACACUCCAACUCCAACUCCAACUCCAACUACUCCCUACACUCCCACCCCAACCACUCCAUACACUCCCACUCCAACCACUCCUUACACUCCAUCCCCAGAUAUUCCCACUCCAACCUCUCCCACCACUCCUAGUACCCCUCCUUAUCUCCCUGACCCCAACUCACCUCCCUUCACCUGCAAUUACUGGAGGAACCAUCCUCAGAUGAUCUGGGGUUUAUUGGGAUGGUGGGGAACUCUAGGCAACGCCUUCGGAGUUCCAAGCGUGCCAGGAGUUGGAGCCAAUGCCAACUUGAAAGACGCCUUAUCAAACACUCGAACCGACGGUUUUGGUGAGCUAUACAGGCAAGGAACAGCCGCCUUCCUCAACUCGAUGAUCGACCACAACUUCGCCUACUCUAACAAGCAAGUAAGAGAGAGCUUCGUCACCGCCCUUGGCUCCAACAAGGCCGCCGCCGCCCAAGCCCGUCUUUUCAAGAUGGCCAACGAGAAAAAACACUAAAAAUUAAAACAGAACAGAGUCACUAUAUACUACUAGCUAAGCAUGCACCACAUGCAGAUAAUCAGUGUGUUAAUUGAAUUAUAUUUAUAUUAAUUAAUUGCUGUUUUAUUUUAUGAAAUUAGCUCUACCUACGUACGAAAGACUUUAUUAAUUUCUUUGUUUAUUAUUAUUAUAUUAUGUAUUGUUUUAAUUAAGUACUCUCUUAUUAUAAAUUACAUCUUGAAUUAAUGUUCUUAAUUAAUUAAGUUAUAGUUUUAUUCCGGCCACAGCAAUUAAAAACUGCAUUGUCAUAGAAUUAAUAAUAUGAUCAUUAUCAAGGAUUUUAUUAUA